AUGCAUCACAAAGCAGCUACUGGCGAGGAGGUACCACAAUCAUUACUUCUUACCAGCCGUCAGCAGUACAACCUCCCAGACGAUGCAAUUGUUUUCUGCAAUUUCAACCAGUUGUAUAAGAUUGAUCCCCCUACGCUGGACAUGUGGAUUGAAAUCUUGAAACGCGUUCCUAGAAGUGUUUUAUGGUUGCUUCGCUUUCCAUUUCAUGGCGAACCAAAUGUGCAGAAGUAUUGCUCCGAAAGGGACAUUGAUCCAAAACGGGUUGUGUUCAGCCACGUUGCGGCUAAGGAAGAGCAUGUUAGGCGAGGACAAUUGGCUGAUGUAUGCUUGGAUACACCUUUGUGCAAUGGUCAUACUACGGGAAUGGAUAUUCUAUGGACGGGAACUCCUAUGGUUACGAUGCCAUUGGAAACUCUUGCAUCUCGUGUUGCUUCAUCUCAGUUAUACGCUCUUGGCGUGCCUGAGCUCGUGGCUAAAAGCAGAGAAGACUAUAUCAACAUAGCAGUUAAGCUUGGCACAGAUAAGAAUUAUCUGUCAGCUAUCCGUGCAAAAGUUUGGAAAGCUCGUACCACGUCAACGCUGUUUAAUGUAAAGCAGUACUGCACAGACAUGGAGUCACUGUUGCAUCUGAUGUGGCGACGAUAUGAGGAGGGUCGCCCUGUUGAUCAUCUUACGCAGGGAUCCGCACAAGUAGAUUUCUAA